ACUCGCGGCACGGCCCAGCGUUCGAUUCAACAGCAAAAUACGAAAGCUUUACUUUACUUGGAAUUUUAAUAAAUUAAUAUUUACAAUGGCUGCCAAUAAAUUGUGCUGCACUUUGACUAUAGGUGCUAUCCUGUAUCUGGGCUUUGCGGCUCUGAUACAAGCGCAGGAUAAGAUCCUGGAUGAAGUGUGCCUGGGCUGCAUCUGCGAGGCCAUCAGCGGGUGUAGUCAGGAACGUUACUGCGCCGAUGGCGUCUGUGGCCCGUUUCGUAUCACCUGGGCAUACUGGGCGGAUGGCGGCAAGCUGACCCUGAACAACGAAAGUCCCCUGUCGGAGGAGGCCUUUGCCAACUGCGUCAGCGAUCCCUAUUGCGCGGCGAACACCAUCCAAAACUACAUGAGGAAGUUUGGACAGGACUGCAAUGGCGAUGGCGUCGUCGAUUGCUACGAUUAUGCAUCCAUACAUAAGCUUGGUGGUUUUGGCUGCAACGGAGAACUGACCCAACAAUAUAAGACCUCACUGGAUGUGUGUCUCAAGGCACACUCGAACAUUGAUGUGCGCAUAUUGUAAUAAUUGAAUUUAAAGCGAGGUCCAAUAUAGAUAAUGCAAUAAUAGCUGACAAAAUGAGUCCCUGAUGAGGCACAACUGGAUGCCGACACGUGAAAAAUCAAAAACUAAUUUGCCGGAUACAGAUAUUUAGUAUUCUGUAUAAAUAUUCACAUAACUGAUUCGUGGGACUCUGAUGAGCAUAUUGUAUUCUUCCCGUUAAAACAAGUUUAUUUCAUAUGGUAAAAAUUCAGAAAAAAUUAAAAGUAUAUUAUGUA